AUGCUGAAUUCAGCUCGCGUCCCGAAAAAAGCAGCUUUGGCAACUUUGAUCGUCGCUGUGGCCAGCGGCAUCGCCCAAGAAUCUUCUGGCUUGUCCUUUGGGUUCCCUGACUACACUCUUGCUGCUCUACAUGAUGCAUCAUCUCCUCAAUCGCAAGCUUUGAACUGGCUAAAGUUGCAUCCAAAUCUUUCCAGCUUGGACAUACAGCGGCAAAAGCAGCUCUUCGCAUUGGCAAGCAUCUACUUUUCCUUUAAUGGGGAUUGGUGGCCACCAGCAGAACGCAACAACUGGAUGGACUAUGAAGUGCAUGAAUGUGACUGGCCACACAGCACUCCACCAAACUCGUCAAUUCAUUGCAACAAUGGACUCUUUGUGGACUUGGACUUGUCUAACAUACCAAAUUUGCACGGAGCAACGCCAAAGGAAGUUUGCUUCUUGGAGAACCUUGAGUCUCUGUCCCUGGAUAGAAACCCCGACCUAGGAAGAAAAGCACGUACCGACACCAAGUUGGAAGGCCUUCUUCCCACUCACCUGGGCGAAUUUACCAAACUGAAUAGAAACCCUGACCUGGGAAGAAAAGAACGUAUCAAUACCACGUUGGAAGACCUUCUUCCCACUCAACUGGGUGAACUGACAAAACUUUCAUAUAUUUCGAUUAGUGGAAACACGAACCUUCGUGGUACUCUUCCAAGCAGCAUUCAUUAUCUUACUCGUCUCGACUCGAUCUGGCUUGAUGGCAAUGCACUGACCGGCUCAUUGGCACCUCAGCUCUUUGGCUUGAAAAAUCUGAGAGGAUUAAGCUUGGGUUACAACAAUCUGACCGGAACCGUUCCGCCGGCUAUCUCUAAUCUACAACGGCUUAUGAGCUUGUCACUUCAAGGUUCUGCAGUUCUCAGCGGCUCAAUUCCAUCCCAAAUUGGCCGCUUGACUGAUCUGAUUUGGCUUGAUCUUUCGGGGACUGGGAUCUCUUCAACGAUCCCCAGUGAGCUUGGUUUGUUGACCGCUUUGGAUGUGCUUAAGCUUGACAGUACCUUACUGUCUGGAGAAAUUCCAAAGUCACUUGCAUUGAUAGAAAGUUUGACCAAGUUUGACAUUGGAAAGACUUCUUUGAACGGAACAAUACCGCUGGAAAUGUGCAAGCAUCAUUCUCGCCGCAUUUUCUUCAUUGACUGUGAUGAGGUAAACUGCCCUCGAGAGUGUGACCUGUCAGAGGAACACAUGUCGUCCAUUUAUGACAGAAUUUGUUCUUGUGUGGACGAAGAGGUCUCUUCAACUUCAUCUUUCACGACAGCAUCCUUCCUUUCUGUGCUCUUGAUGGCAAUGACCGGCACCUACUUGGGCCUGGGCUUGUGA